GUGCUGCGCAGAGGAACACAGCUGCGGCGGCAUGUUGCUGAGCAACGACAGAUUGAUAAGAGGCUGAAGAAGACUGCGCAGUCAAUGUCAGUUUGGGUAAGUUAAGUAGUCAGUUAAGAACUUUUUUAGUACAAAAUACUCUCCUGGUUAAGUUGACGCUUUCUCACUUCACGUAUAUUCAAAGUGAGGAUCUGUUACUGUGUUUAAGUCACUAUGACAGAGUGCUGGUAGCUCCAAACACGCACCUGCUAGUUAACCUUAUAAUUGGGCCCUACAUGACGAGUCCCCGGAGCCACAGUGGGUGAAGUUACACUCCUUCGGGUGGUUGAAAUAAUUUUUGGUUAAUCAAUAUUUGUAAACGGCAAACUUUUUUAUAUUGUCCGGGUUCUGUGGGUUUACAAUGUUUAUAGCAUGUGUUACACACGGACCCCCUUUUUGACCUUCUAAUAUCCACCACAGUGCAAACUUGUCUUUGUUUUUCAGAUAGGGCCAAAAUAAUGCUCAGAACAGCACCUAACUUCAUCAACAGUACAUAUAGGGUCCUAGCCACAGCACUAGCCACCAAACAUCUUUUUAACUUUGCCUGAUUUCUUUAGCAAAGAGACGAAACACAACUCAUCUACUCUCUUCCAGCAGCUGCUUGUUUGUAGCGAGACCUCAGGCCAGUCCAUUACGGACUACAGCGGGGUGACGCAGCUCAAGGAAGAACAUUUAUGAUCAUUUCUUCAUGGAAACGCAAUCAGACCGAGACGCUAAGGCAGAAGAACUACUGCCUCUCCAGUGCAAAAUGAUUAAUAUGAUGAUUAUUACUUAAAGGAAAUAAUAAAGUAUCGAUCAUAAAUGUUCUUCCUUGAGCUGCGUCACCCGUUGUAGUCCGUAAUGGACUGGCCCGAGGUCUAGCUACAACCAAUUGGCUGCUCGAAGAGAGUAGGUGAGUUGUGUUUAGUCUCUUUUCUAAGGAAAUUAGGCAAAGUUAAAAAGAUGUUUGGUGGCUAGUGCUAUGGCUGGGACCCUACAUGUACUGUUGAUAAAGUUAGGUGCUGUUCUGUGCAUUAUUUGUGGCUAUAGAGUGGCGUUUUGGUUGAGGUUUGUUGAUGGCUCCUCAGACCGCUGUGUAUUGCUAUCCUGCGGUCGUUACUAAAGUUGAUAUAACUAGAGAAACAAGUGGUUGGCAACAUUCACCGCUCUAACUGUGGGGUGUCUAACUCAGUGUUACGGUGUUUUUGACCCUAAAAUAAUAUUAAGCCAGAACAUCCCUGUAAAGCAUCAGUGUCCUUUUUAUAUAGUCCAACAAGAUUUUUUAAUCCUCAUUGUGAUAAAACAACCCUACUUUUCCUAUCUGCAUACAGUGGUUACAAAUGACUAACCGUAGUCCUCUUUCUUACAGACCGGUGCAGUAUGAGCCACACCUGUGGUAGGUCUUCAUCAGACAAACACAGAAUCUUAAAUGCUUUCAACAAGCAGUUUAAAACAACAGAUAAAAACUGUUGCUCUGUAAACAGAUCCACUGCAGACUCCAAAUGUUCAAACCACCACAGUAAAGCUGAUGAGCAGCACAGACCAAAGCGAUUGAGGAGUCGCAAAGAAAGGAGCAAGAUGAGAGGUUUUGGGAAAGAAGCCCCAAAGUCCCAGUCACACCACCAUCGCUGUCGGUGCCAGAGCAGUAAAGACAUCACAUAUGUCCAUGACAGCUGUCGUCAUAGUAGCUGUCAUAGUAGCUGUCGUUGUGCCUCAAGACAAGAAGCACUGUUCCUAAAUGUUGUACCCACUGCACAGGAGCCCAGUAUCAUCACAGAUAGUCGCCUAAUAGGACACCACGGGCUGUUCAACCAUGAGGUGAAGUCAAUCGAUAUUGACCGGCUGUUGAGUAAGCAGAAAAAAAAGGAGAAAAAUGGACAGCAAGAUCAUGAAAACAAUGCCAUCUCACGUCCCUCCUCAACAUCUCACAUUCCUUCACCGAUCUCCAGUAAUGAUAUCUUGGGUACUGAGCCUGAUGAGGUUGUGAUAUUAGAAAAGGAAGGAGAACCUGCAGUGAAGGCCCAUGUUGAUUGCCAGGAGAAAGAAGAUGAAACGCCAAAGCAGAAAACCAACACUGUCAUGUCAGAAAAGCCCACUGAAACACUGUUGACUCCUGCUGAUAAUGGAGAUAACAUGAUGACACUAAAUAAAAAGGAGAUGACUUCUACUUUGAAGCAAACCCCAAAGAACGAUGAUGGUGUUAGCCGAAGCACGUUCCAACUGCCCAGCUCAAGGACUGCAGAAAGCUCAGACUCACGGCACCAAAGACCUGAUCCAAGUUCUCUAUCUGAGUCUGUACAGUCAGUGGCAGCGAGCUUGUGUGGCCGCCAGCUAUUCCCACUUUUGAGAAGAAGAGACCUGGUGAAAGAGAGCAGGGAGGUGCUACUGAAAGCUUUAAAGGAAAGGCACGGGCCUUGGCUUCAGGAGAACCUCUUCAGACUGCGGCAGUACCCCAGCAGUGGUUUUGAUCACUCAAAGGAGGUCCAGGAUCAAGAGCCGACCAUGAGAGAUGAAGAUGAGUUCCAGCGUACAGGUAAGUACUAAAUUACCUGAUAUCUUUGAGAUUAUCAUCUUUCAAAUAAGGUGUUAUACUUUAUUUGUACUAUAGUAGUAUGAUCAUAAUAAUUUAGUAUCUAUUCUGUAUUUACAAUAUGUUUUUACUUUGAAAUCUUGAUAUGGGUGUUAAGCUGGUUCAAUUAUUAGAUAUGGUCCAUUUAAUCACUUGGCCUUAUUUUCAGAUGCAUUUACAACAGAAUUUCAAGCCAGUAAUCCAUUUUCAGUCAGCCCACAAAGGAAGUAUUCGAAAAGAAAGAGAAGUGCAUAUUUGAACUUGAGGUUCAGUCCACAGCAGCUCCUAAAACCGGAACAGGUAAGACCCAAAAAGAAACUCCUUUUUCAGGUUGAGUCGUCUUUUCUUCAGACAUCAGCUGAUAAGUUCAUGCCCCACUCAUCUAAAAUACUCUGUUUUUAUACAGCCUGCUGAAUGGCUAAGACAGCCUGUGGAAACCUCUACCGGUCUUUUGGACAAUUUCCUCAAAUCUCCUCACUCACCUCAGUUCAGCAUGGACUUUGAGCCGUCUGGAAUCAGAGAUUAUUUGUUUGCACCUUCUUCUACCUCAUGCUGGGAAGAAAAAAACUCUGCAUUUCCCCACUGGGGGGACACCCUAAGCAGGCAAAAGAGCGAAGAGGCUUCUACAUUUAACUCCUUUGGAAACAGCUUUGUGAACCAAACCAGAGCACGAGAUGCACUUCAAUACAGUUUGAGCACAGCACAAAGUGUCCCUCCCUACUAUACACAGCUGCCUGACAGAUAUUCAACAGAGCCAGUACACUUCCCCCAGGAACAAGACCCAUUUAGAGCUGAGAGGCACUCUUUUCCUAUCCUUCCCAUCCCAACUUCAACAUCCCGAACAGGGCCACAGCUUACUGCCUUUCAGCCAAGCCAGGGAACCUUCAGCUUGCCCUCCCCUAAGACCCCACCAAAGGGACAUGAUUUAUUAUCCUCCAUCUCACAUGCUGGAAAGAGACACAGCACCCUCCCGUUCAUUGCUCCUGAGUCCUGAGCACUGGUCCUUCCCUCCUAUGAGACUGUACUAAAGUGCCAUAUUAGUGAACUUUCUGUGAAGAUAUACAGUUAUCCUCCUUUAUUCAUACAACCAAGACUUUUUGUCUACAACCAGCAAAGCAGUGAGUUGUGUGCCUUUAUUUUACACAGAGAAUUAAAACUAAGAGCAAAGGUUUAAUGUCAAGAGUCAAUCAUUUUUACUCUUUUGUCCCAUUCAUUCUGAGGUAAACGAAAGCACAAUUAUGAAUUGUUUACAUCUUUGUUGCUUUUUUUUAAAUUACAAAACUGUAAAGUGACACAAGUAUUCACAAUGGUGCUGUAAUGCAAAGUUAUUGACAGAACAAACUUAGUCAAGUAUUUGGCAUUUUGUUGUGUAGGUGGGAUUCACAUAUAAAAGCAAGAAAACAUUUACAGUUGUGUGAGUCAGACAUGUAUUAUUUGGUAAAAUAUAAACAAAAUUUUAAAUUAUAUUUCUACAAGAUGA